CGCCCCGUAUUGCGGCCCGCAAUCACACACUACUAGAGCUUCAACGACUAAACAAUAGCAACCAUCCUGAGUGAAUUAGCUAGCUACAGAGAAUAAUUUAUAUAGGAAUCAAGGUGGCAGCACUAGUGAAAAUCCUAGCAUCUGCAAAACUGAAACAAAUCCGGAGAUCCAACCCACGGCGAAAUCAGAAGUCUGAUUUAGCUGAAGCCAGGAGCUGAAGGUGAUGAUAUCUCUCAGGGAAGAGGAGAGCUAGACUACGCAGCACUAGCAAGAUCUGUAAUACUGAGUGAAGGGCCGUGCGAGAGGGACUUAUAAAAGAGAACCCACCUUGCUUGGUUGUCGUAGUGUGCAGAGGAGAGGAGUGCUCCUCAGUAGUAGCAGCAGCCAUGGGCCUGGUAGCUUACCUGAAGACCCAGUUUGUUCUGCAGCUCCUCCUGGGUUUUGUGUUCGUGGUGAGCGGCCUCCUCAUCAACUUCAUCCAGUUGUUGACGUGCGUCCUGUGGCCCAUCGACAAGCAGCUGUACCGCAGGAUCAACACCAGGCUCUCCUACUCCCUCUGGAGCCAGCUGGUGAUGCUGCUGGAGUGGUGGUCGGGAACACAGUGCACCCUCUACACAGAUCAGGCCACGGUGGACAAGUUCGGCAAGGAACACGUCAUCAUCAUCCUCAACCACAACUAUGAGAUUGACUUCCUGUGCGGCUGGACUAUCUGUGAGCGAUACGGAGUCCUAGGGAGUUCCAAGGUGCUGGCCAAACACGAGCUGCUGAAGGUGCCUCUGAUUGGCUGGACCUGGUAUUUCCUGGAGAUCGUGUUCUGUAAGAGGAAGUGGGAGGAGGACAGAGAGACCGUGUUCAGAGGGCUAGAAAGACUCAGAGACUACCCUGAGUUUAUGUGGUUCCUGCUGUACUGUGAAGGCACUCGCUUCACAGAGAAGAAGCACCAGAUCAGUAUGGAAGUGGCAGAGAGUAAAGGCCUGCCCAAGCUCAAAUACCACCUGCUGCCCAGAACCAAAGGCUUCACCACCGCACUCAAAUGCCUCCAGGGCACAGUGUCUGCUGUGUAUGACGUCACACUGAACUUUAAAGACCACCAAGUCCCCACUCUGCUGGGCAUCAUCAACGGCAAGAAAUACAUGGCCGAUAUGAGAAUCAGGCGGUUCCCUGUAGAGGAGAUCCCAGAAGAUGAGAAGGAGUGUGCCAACUGGCUUCAUAAACUCUACCAGGAGAAGGAUGCUUUGCAGGAGCACUACCAUAAAGAGGGCACGUUCCCGGGUCCCACCAUCACCCCUCCUCGCCGGUUGUGGACGCUACUCAACUUCCUGUUCUGGGCGGCCCUGCUGCUCUCACCCCUCAUCAACUUCGCCUGCGGGGUGGUGGUCAGCGGCUCCCCCCUCCUCAUCCUCGGCUUCAGCCUCUUCCUCAUCGUAGCCUCCAUAGCCAUCCGGCGCCUGAUCGGUGUCACCGAGGUAAAGAAGACAGGCUCCAGUUACGGCGACGAGGGGUCCAAGAAACAGAACUAGACCUCUACCUCCCCCCUGUUGGUUGCUGUACGGUCCUCCUGCGGUUCCCCUCCCUCUAUUCUGUUGUCCUGCAGGUGCAGUCAGCAUGCCGGGGAGGGGGCCAAACCAUUACACCUAGAGAUAAAACAGAUCUGGAUGGGACCAAACCAUUACACCUAGAGAUAAAACAGAUCUGGAGGAGGCCAAACCAUUACACAUAGAGAUAAAACAGAUAGAUCUGGGUGGGACCAAACCAUUGCACCUAGAGAUAAAACGGAUAGAUCUGGAGGGGGCCAAACCAUUACAUCUAGAGAUAAAACAGAUAGAUCUGUAGGGUGCCAAACCGUUACACCUAGAGAUACCACAUAUAGAUCUGGAGGGAGCCAAACCAUUACACCUAGAAAUAAAAUGGAUAUAUCUGGAGGGGGCCAAACCAUUACAGAUAGAUAAAACAGAUCUGUAGGGGGCCAAAACAUUACACCUAGAGAUAAAACAGAGAGAUCUGGAGAAAGAAAGAGAGAGAGCGUUAUGACCAUGGAAUGAGUGUGGAGAGGGAGAGAGAAAGGAAGACGGUCUGGAGCCAGCUCUCUGUGGAGUAGGAGAGGGCAGAAGGAGAGGCUAUUGACCAGGCUCUUUGCCCCCUUAACAACUCCCUCGGAUGUCCCCGGCCACGCCCACCCUUCACCUCCUGACCACUGGGGUCCUCACCACCGGACAACUAGUCAGCUCACCACACAGAAACAAGCCCACUUCCUGUUCUGAGCUAACCACUUCCUUUUCCUGUCACAUGCUCUGGUCCUUUUUUUUUGUUCUUUUUUUUUUUGAGGUGGUGUUACUCGUGUUCACCUCUUGUAACAACAUACAGUACAUCUCCCCCUCGUUUUACCAAAUGACUGGACUUCAAAUGGGAACCAGUUUCUUGAGGCUCAGCCUGGUUUCCACUUUGCUUUUAACCUCUAAGAAAAAGGUGUUUAUUUUUUCACUGUGCUUCCUAUCUCUGCUGUGGGAGCCCGCCCCCUUUUAUAUUUGUUGUCCAGAUUCCAAAUCAAAUAUAAUGGGGCGUUUCCAUGAUUCUACAAGUCUAUGCAUUCUGGUCACUGUUGAAUAUUACCACGGCACUUAUUUUCAUCUGGGCUAUGUACAACAGCAGAGAUGGGACUUCCAGUGUUUUAAAUACUGAGGCAGGUUUCUGUGUGUUAAGACUACAGUAAAGGGCUCUGUAUUCAUUAACUACACACUAAUUAACUACUUACUAACAUUUUGUUAUCUUUGACAUGAUAUUUGACUCCACUGUUCCAACGCCCUCAAGUUCUGACUAAUUAUUAUUUUAUAUAGGCUUUUUUCCCCAUUCUCCCAUGCUUGCUCGCAAGUAGAUGUCUGCACACACAUUAACAUGCCAUUUUAUGACUAGCCAGUUCCUGAGUGAACUUCUCUUCUUCUGUUGUCUCCGCUCUGUUUUUACACAGCUCAACCACCCCUGGUGUCUUUACACAGCUCAACCACCCCCGGUGUCUUUACACAGCUCAAUCACCCACGGGGUCUUUACACAGCUCAACCACCCCUGGUGUCUUUACACAGCUCAACCACCCCCGGUGUCUUUACACAGCUCAACCACUACCGGUGUCUAUACACAGCUCAAUCACCCACGGGGUCUUUACAGAGCUCAACCACUCCAGGUGUCUUUACACAGCUCAACCACUCCAGGUGUCUUUACACAGCUCAACCACCCCCGGUGUCUUUACACAGCUCAACCACUCCAGGUGUCUUUACACAGCUCAAUCACCCACGGGGUCUUUACACAGCUCAACCACUCCAGGUGUCUUUACACAGCUCAACCACUCCAGGUGUCUUUACACAGCUCAACCACCCCCGGUGUCUUUACACAGCUCAAUCACCCCCGGUGUCUAUACACAGCUCAACCACCCCCGGUGUCUUUACACGGCUCAACCACCCCCGGUGUCUAUACACAGCUCAACCACCCCUGGUGUCUUUACACAGCUCAACCACCCCCGGUGUCUAUACACAGCUCAACCACCCCUGGUGUCUUUACACAGCUCAACCACCCCCGGUGUCCUUACACAGCUCAACCACUCCAGGUGUCUUUACACAGCUCAACCACCCCCGGUGUUUUUACACAGCUCAACCACCCUCCAUGUCAGUGUGACUCUUAUAAUAACCAAUUCCAGUCAAAACAGACUAUAACCCCACCUACCCUUUUAUAGUUGAAAUGCACUAGCUACUGAUUCUCUCCAGCUGUAGACUCUAGUAAUGUUUGCCUCUGCAAGGGUGACUGUUUGAUUGGUUACUAAGUUCUCAUCGGCUAAGGUGAUUGUUUGAGUGGUUACACCGUUCCUAUUUCUUAGGCUAGGGUGAUUUGAUUGGUAACUAAGAUCCCGUCCUACCUCAUCUCUUAAGCAAGGGUGAUUUGAUUGGUUACUAAAUUCCAUUCCUACCUCAUCUCUUCCUCUACUAAAGUCUUGGUGCACUGUGGGUAGUUGAAUAUUCUCCAUGUUAGUUCUGGCAUGUUUAUUAGGCCCUGGUGUAUGUUGACAUGGUGCAGGAGCAAAAGGAUCUUAUUGAAUUGCAAUUACAUGUGUCAUUUAACAGAAGCUCUAAUCCAGAGCAAUUUACAAUACCGUCCCUAACAGUACUGUUCUACAUCUCAGUAGCCAGCAUGAAUGUGUUACAUAUGUUACUAAACGCUGCUUCCAGGUCCUGAGCUGCACAGGAAGGAGGUUUUUGCCCCGUUGUUUAUUUUCUUGCUGCUAUUCCCUGCAUGCUACAGCACCACCCUGAGCUCAGGCACUGCAACUGCACUUGCUUUCCAACACACCUGCACUUGCUUUGAACACAUCGCACAUUGUUUAUCUAUUUACACUCCGAUGAGUGUAAAUGGGAGGGUGCUGACUUUCCUUUACAAACUGGGAUUGGCAUGAAAGCAGGUGUCAGAUUACAGGUGACUGGUAUUUCCUGAGUGCAACAUGCAAACAUAGCAGCAACACGUCGUCGUCAUCCCUUGUCUGGAGAAGACACCCAGUCUGUUACAACAUCACCAGCUUUUCACCGUGUGUUGUUGAUGUCCUUUGUUCCCAUUUUAUUUUAUUGUAGCGUUUAAAUGUUUUUUUUUUAACCAGGACAGAUUCAUACAAGCCUUAACAGAGUGCAGCUUCAUUAUAUUGUGUGAAUUUAGGCAGACCACGCUUCCUCAGACCCCUUAUAGUACAUUUGGAUUGGCAAGUGGUGUGGGAGACUGAAUUAGUAAGGUUCACAUGCAUCUGCCCUCUGUUUAAAAAAGAAAAAUAACUCCUGUUUAUUUCUCAAUAUAGAAUCCUGGAAACAAGUAUUUUUUUGGGGGGGGGUUAGUGUUAAGGCUGAAGAGAUGGGGGUUCCAUGAGAAUCUGCUGAUUGUUACAGUAAUAGUUAAGAGGGCCCCAUUUUUAGUAAUAGACUCCGUGUCCCAUGAUGCUUCUGUGUUCGAUACCUCUUACAACUCCUGUUAAAUCUCUCAACUGUCAAUACAAUUGCUUCAGUAGCUUUAGAGAGAUCUGGGCCCACAUCCACAGAGUCUAACAGUAGGAGUGCUGAUCUAGGAUCUUUCCAUAUAUUCUUAUUAAUUCUGAUCUAAAAGGCUAAACUGAUCCUAUAUCAGUCCUCCUGCUCUGAGAGGCUUUGUGGGUAUGGGCCCUGUUCUAAGUUGUGGGGCAUACGUUUUAUAUCAUCUUCAGUGUCCUUCCCAUACUGUAAUUCCAAACUACAGUACCCAUCAGGCACUGGUGCAGUCCCACCACUCCCUCAGGUAACUAUCAGUCAACAGUGUUUACACAGGCAGCCCAAUUCUGAUAUUUUUUUCACUAGUUGGUCUUUUGACCAAUCGGAUCAGCUCUGAAACAGAUUUGAUGUGAAAAGGCCAAUUAGUGGAGAAACGACCCAAAUUGGACUGCCUGUGUAAACGCAGCCUAUGGUGUAUCUAUUCCAGAGCAACAGGACAAAUGCAGAGAAGUUAACACUAUUUGACAUUUUCUAACACUGGAGGUUUGUACUGCAAAAAAAUCCCACUAAUUUCUGAUUUUCUUAUUUUUGUUAAAGUUCUCGAAACUAAAGAAACAAGUAACGGUAGAAAUUCAUCACUGAAAUUUGAACCUUUUUUGGCAUGAAAGUUGUUAAAGUUGCAUCUCGACUCAACUUACAUUUGUCUUUUUUCUAAGUCUAUUUGUAUCUGUUGUUUCUUUAAGUAAACAAUUAAGAAUAUUAAAGGAUUUAAUCAGGCAA